CACACACACACACACACACACACAAAGAAAGGUAUCAAUGAGGAAACGUUCGUGUGUUUUGGGGGGAGUCGCUCCAUCCGGUGACCCGCUGCUCGUCGACGGACUCAGACAUCGCCCCGUCUUCCUCGCCGUUCUCCGUCUCGACCCGGCCUCGGUCCGGAGUUCGGUCCCGUCGCUGCUCCUCGGUCCUUUCAGCCGAACUGUUUCCCUCUCCCCGGGCCGACACCGAGGACGGGCCCGUGGUCAGGAACCAGCGGAGUGUGUGUGCACUCUGGGACGCCAUACCGCUUCGCAUUGAUUUAAAACCAAAUGCAGGAUUCCAUUAGGAGAACCCUGAAAUGUCCACGUGCUCCUUGGCAACACUUUCUGCUCGUGUGUGUUAUAUUGUCAGUCGCUGUGUUCAGAUUGCCGUGCAAGCACCAGCUCUUCCUCCUCCUCAUCCUCCUCCUCAUCACCAUCCUCCUCAUCCUCCUCCUCAACCCAGCAGCAUGAGGCCAAGAAGCGAAAGCAGAGCCAGCACGAACAAACUGUCCACCAGUGCCAGAAGAAUUCAGAAGGAACUGGCCGACAUCACACUGGAUCCUCCGCCAAACUGCAGCGCCGGCCCCAAAGGAGACAACAUCUACGAGUGGAGGUCCACCAUCCUGGGCCCGCCAGGCUCUGUGUACGAGGGAGGGGUCUUCUUCCUGGACAUUGCCUUCUCAUCAGACUACCCCUUCAAACCACCCAAGGUGACGUUCCGCACGAGGAUCUACCACUGUAACAUCAACAGUCAGGGGGUGAUCUGUCUGGACAUCCUGAAGGACAACUGGAGUCCUGCCCUCACCAUCUCCAAGGUCCUGCUGUCCAUCUGCUCCCUGCUCACUGACUGCAACCCUGCCGACCCUCUAGUUGGAAGCAUCGCCACACAGUACACCACCAACAGACCGGAACACGACAGGAUCGCCAAACAGUGGAGUGACCGCUACGCCACAUGAUCACCAGAGCAGCCGCCGCCGCCGCUGGGAUGAGCGGGGGAUGAGUGGGAAGUGAACUUGGGGGUGGGGUGGGGGGUAUUUUUAUCUCAGAAAUAAGUCUUAACUCCUGUAUUUCUGUUGUUGUUUUCAUUUUUUAAAGUCAUCUCCAGCCUAGAUAUAAUCAAAUUUCUCUUUCUUCCCCUUUAACUUGUGCUUGAAGGACGGAUGUUAAUACUCAACUGCCCGAUGAAGUUUGUCACAGCGUGUUUCCCACAGUCGCUGUAAACUCUCACGUUCUCUCAUGAAAGUGUUUGCUUCCCAACUCCAACUCCUGCUCUUUACACGUUUAGAUGUGGCUGGAUACUGGCAGGGAUUUGUGUUGUCGAUGAAAACACAUAAGACAUUCAAUUCAACCACCGAAAUAAAUCUCUGAGAGGA